AUGGAGUGGAAACAAACAAUACUUAAUCAACUACAAGAACGUAACAGACAAGAACGUAAUGUUUAUGAAGAAAUUGUUAAGCAUUAUAAUCGCGUGAUUGAAAAUUAUUCAAAACUAUUUAUUCGAUUUACGGAACGCGAACGAGAUAUAUUAACAUUAUGUCAAAAUACAGAUGCACAAAUAGAAAAUGCUAGUGCGGCUGAUCUCCCUGUUAAUAAUAAAAUGAAAGCAUUGGAAAAUGGUUAUAAGAAAGUUAAAGAUGAAAUACUCACAUUACUAAGAGAGCGCGGAGAUGUAUGUUUUAUAUUUAUCUUUUUCUUAUUGAUUUAA